UGCAAAGCGAAAGCAAGAUGGCAGCCCGCACAGCGCUUACAUGCCGAGAAUACGCCAACACCAAAAAACUGCUGUUUGUCGCACGUCGCCUGCCUACAAGACACUCAUCCGCACAAGCGGCGCCCAGUACAUCGUCUGCAGAGAAAAUCGUGAGCGGUGACGAGUCAACGGACGGAUCAGGAAAACAGACCAUCGUGAUUCCGAAGAGGAUCCCCAGGGGUCCGACGGACAUACUGAAGGCACUUGCGUCUACCGUACAAAAGGAUUUCACGGCGCCUCAUUACAAGUACCACGACGAUCCGUUCUUCAUCCCAGCGAGCAAUGUGGCCAAGAGGACGUUCGCACUUGCGAAAGAAUCGGGGCGGAAGGCGGCGAAAUUCUUCCUGGACAAGUAUCCAGACAGCUUUGUUCACAAUCCCGCUCAGCCUAGUGUGGAGGCAUUCAACCCAAAGAAGAAGUACACUGCUGAGACCGAGGUGGAAGAGAGCGACCUCAUGGCCUGUAUUGAAAACGUCGAUCUUGACAGUGCUGUUGUUGUGUACCAAAACCUUAAGACCAAAGGCACGGCCAUAUCUCAAGAUCUCCUGCAGUCGUUCCUUGAGUUGCUGUGCUUCUACAACUGUAAGCAACCACUUGAUGAAGAUUUGACAGAGGAAAGAUGGCAACGUCAGAUAGCCCCCAGAGAGACAAGGAAGUCGUGGAAAGAUGGUGGCCUAGCUGAGCAGGUUUUUGACAGCAUUGAAAACAAAGACGGGAGAGCCUAUGCUGCUUUGAUUCAAGGAAUGGCAAAGCACUACCAUGUCGACAAGGCUUAUGAGCUAUUCCAGGAAAUGACUUCAAAGGGAAUGACACCUCCACUUGAAGUGUACAACAGCCUGCUAAGUGUGGUCCCAUUCCUCAGAGAGAGCUACGACAGCCGGUGGGAGCUGGCGAAGGAAAUCAUGCAAGGUAUCGAAAGGAACCAACUCAAGCCUAACAUCACCACCAUGAACACGGCCCUCGAGAUUGUGUCGCGGUUCGGGGCGUCCCCAUCUGCGAGGAAGUAUGCCCUGCAAAUAUUUUCCGAAAUGAAGCACCUUGGCAUCGAGCCGUGCCUUGCCAGCUACUACUACCUGCUUGUAAUUUACUGCAAAACUCGAGGCGCCCCGAGCACCAUCCUACACAGCAUCAUGAAGGAGAUUGAAAACAAGUCCUUCGAGAUGAGAGAUCCCAAAGAUGUGUUCUUCUUUGUGAGCGCAAUGGACGUGUGUCACAACCAUCUGCUUGACAAAGAUCUGGCUUACAAAGUUCACGAGCUGCUAAACUAUGGCACAAACUACAACAUGAUUGGAGAUUCUUUCAAGGAAUCAAUAUACUACCAGAACUUUUUCAAGCUGCUUUGUUCCACGGAGAACAUUGAUGUCUUCUUCGACAUGUACAACAAGUACGUCCCCAAUAUCUACACACCCGAGCCAAGUGUUGUGUGUGAUAUCUUAGAAGCUGUGGACCUGAAUGAUGCAAUUCAUUAUGUGCCUCAGUUGUGGACAGAUAUUGUUCUCUUCAACCAUCACGAAAGAACUAAUGUCAUCAAAGCCAUGCUUGCCGUAAUGGCCAAGGCAAAGCGACCCGAGGACAUUCAAAAACAGUUGUCCAGGAUUACGAUCGACAUCAAUGAAAGGUGCGACAUGCCACAGACAAGGCGGCGACUCCAGCCCAUUGAGUGGACGGGACAAAUGUUCGGCGACAUGAUGGCAGUGUUCCUGAACACGAGGGACGGGCUGCCCGAUGCUUGGUCUGUCAUGCAAAAGCUUGAUCGUGAACAACAAAGGAUACUUGGCUACCCAAGCCAAGAAUGCUUGAAGAACUUCGCUCAAGCAGCCCUGAACAAGAAGGACGAAGAAAAGGCAUUUUUCUGCGCAAGGUAUGCCGCCGAGAUUGGCUUUACAGAUGUCGGAGAGCAUCUGCGGCAGGGAGAAAACUUCGACAAGCUCUCUGACAAACUCAAGGACAAACUGAAAGAGCUGCUCGACACAACUGUGCUUGGCUCUUCCGAAGACAAUGGCAAAGGAAAUUAGACGUCGCAUUAUUAAUUUGAUCUGUAUAACACUAGAGUAAAUAAAGAUGGCUCAUUCUCACCCA